UUAAAUAAGGCUUUGAGAGAGAGGGAGAAUGAGCUGAAGGACACAGGGCAGAAACUGAGAAAAGUUGUAGAAGAAAGGGAUGAGAGAAUCGAGGUGCUUGAACAAGAAACUAGGCGGCAGAAGAUAGUGAUGGAAGACAUCGAAGCGAGGUUACAGAAGAGGCUCAAGGACUACCAACGCCAGAUCCAUGCACUGAAAGCAAAAAUUUCACGUAUACCAAGCCGGCUUGUCACUGCUACCAACCGUGUUGCGCGUACAUACAACACUAAAGCUGAUGACGAACGAACCUUCUUCCUCAAGGACUCCAGUGGCAUCAUUCCAGAUGAAGCGCGAGAUGUUUUCCUUGAUCUGGUAGCCAUGGAUGCCGUUCCUGCGAACAAGGUGACCCGCGUGUUCAAGCGGAUUGCAGGGGUGUUUGGAGUCCAAGUUGAGGGAGAUGUCUCACGUAGAAGUGUUGGACGGAUCACAAAGGAGGGUGGAAACGCGUCAAAAUUGCAAAUUAUCGAAGCCUUGAAGGACGCAAAAGGCAUUACGCUGAGCGGAGAUGGGACAACUCACAAGAAUGAAACCUACGAAUCGAAGUUCGCCACAGUGAUUACACCCAACAAAAAGCUCCAGUUCUUCCUCGGUUUGAAGAUGGCUCUAAAUCAUACUAGCGAGACACAGUUAGAGGGCUGGAUCGAGACUGCCGAAGAUCUAUUUCACCUUGCAUAUCGGAGCGGUCUGAUCGUGGAAGACGAUGCGCGUAUUUUUUGGAAUCUUGUUACUGGGUUCCAUUCGGACCACGCCGCUGACCAAAAAAAACUCUUCGAGCUGUUGAAGAAAUGGAAGAAACAGUUGGAGCGUGAGGUUCGAGGUGAAAGUGCUGUCAAACGGCUCACGGAUAAUGAGUACGCGUGUCUUAUUUUCCAAGGCUCGCAGGUUCUCGUACAAAAGGCAGGGGGUCCAGCUGCUUGGGAUGUGUUGACUACCAAGGAACGUACACGCCGGAUUGAUGAGAUGAGAAGACAGAUUAUCUGUGAUAUUGGGGAAGCCGAAUUCCAGAAGCUGUCAGAGGAGGAGAAGGCCGAAGUUGAUUUAAUCCUUUGGGCAGGCUGUUGCAUGCACAAAGAAAUGAAUGCUUUCAAGGGAGGAUGUGUCGGCUUGGAUGAAUACUGGAAUAAACACCCUGAUCUCCAUCCACCGAUUCUCCUCCCAAAUCGUGACAAUGCGGCCGCUAUUCGGAAAGCUGCAGGUACUGAAGCUGCAGAACGCGCUACAGCACGUAGUGAGCGAGGAGCUAUCAAGGUCGCAAGUCUUGCAGGUGCAAUUUUUCGGCACAAGGACAGGAAACGAGGUCAACAAGACACGUUGCGGUUUUACUUCGACCAGAAGCUGGGUUUCAACCUAGCUUUCCCAGAUACGAGUAACACGCGAUUUCAGUCGCACGCAGAAGCUUGCGCCUUGAUAAUCACUCACAUGGACUUGUUCAUUGAGUUUUUGACGUACGUUCAACAUAAUAAGGGCUCCGGGAAGUUGAAUCAUAUGGAACAGAAUGUUCUGGAUGGCUUAAAUGAUCCCGCGACGCGUCAGGAAUUCUGUGUUAUUACAUUGUAUUGGUUGGCUAUUAGUGUCCCAUACAUGCGAGAAAUCCGAGGUCCACAAGCGAAGGCGAACAAUGUUCUGGAGCUUGGUGACCUCCAUCGUCGCGUUAUCGAACAUAUUGACGCGUUAAUAAAGGAGCCAGAGCGUCUGCUUGGCCCAGACGCGUCAGAAACUCAUGGAUCUUUGGAUGGACAUGGCUGGGAGCGGCCGGACGCGUUCUAUGCAGCGCAAAGACAUGCAUCACAGCAGCUCCCACAGAUUCAAAGCCUUUUGAUACACUUCCUCAAAAAAGCCAAGGAGUCCUGGCUCCGGUUCAUGUCAGAAUUUGAGGAGGGUGGUGCGCUUUCACGAGCCACACCUGAGCAAAUUGAGCGCGCCUGGAUGGAGAAAACUAAUGAUCUGAAUGAAGGUGCUUUUGGAACCUAUAGACAAACCAGUCGCGCGAAUCCCACCCUGUCUCUUGUCCAGUAUAAUGCCCGACAAAUGUACAAAUUCAACCAAACCUCCUCAUACCUUCACACUCUCAGUCCAGCAAUGCGCCAAUGGCUCCGAAAAAUCACACGUACUCAAGAUGCAUCAGGCGCGAAUCGUCGAGAGCACAUUCAGAUGGCACAAUAUCGUCAGGAAGUAGCAGAAAAACGGACUGAAAAGGACACAGAACGA